AUGGAAUCAAUACUUUCAUCUGACGAUAGUUGUGAUCGCGAUUUAAAAAGCCUAAAAAGUCAAUUAACUGAAUAUGGUUUAGAAGAGGAUAAUUUGAGUAAAGAUGAGAUGAUUGAUAUACUUAAAGCCUUAAAAAAUUCCAAAGUAUCAAAUAUUCAAGAGGAACAAUUACAAAAAAAGGUAGAGGAAGAUGUGGAAACCUCAUCAUCUAAAGUAACAAUGAAGAGAAGAUAUUUAAAUGUUAGAGAUAGACGUAUGCCUUGGAGUCUUAUUCCACAAACUUUAGAGCCAGCUGAAAAAGCUAGAACUUUAGCAGUAUACAUAAAACUAAUGUCAAUAAAUAAUUAUCGACAAGCCAGACAGUCAGUUAAUAUGGCAGCAUGGCCUCCACCAAUACAAAUCAUAGAGUCUACAAGAUUACAACCACAAAGAUCAACAAGGAGUGGCCGUUCUGUUCCAGUAUAUACCGAUUAUGAUGAUGAUUCAUCUGACUUUGACUGUGUAGUUACAAAAAUAAAAAAGAGAAAAGUCUCCAACAGUGAUCAAAAUGAUGUUUGCCCCAAAAAAACAUUAAGUUUAAAAAGAAAAUUAUCUAAAGAUGAAAAUGUAAGGCCCACUAAAGAGAUUAAAGUUCGAAAUGAAAUACUGAAGUCAGAGUCAGAAGGACAUGUAAAUUCAAACUUAUUCUCUAUCAUUGAAGAC